GCUGCAGUGACUAUGGAGCAACAGGACCAGGCUCAGGCUGAAGACAUGAAGUUUGAGUACACAAAAUCUAGGAGCAGAUUUAUAAAAACACCAUUUCUCUUUUAAGCUGGAACGAGGUAGAAACAAAACAAGGGGAGUCACAGCAGAAAAUGUAGUUAAGUAUCUUUUCAUAAGGAUGAAACCACUGUUAGUCUUCAAGUGAUUCAGUCUGCAGUUACACAAAGAAAAUGCUUGUUGAAAGGGCAGUGCUGAUCCCAAAUGCAAGACAGACCUGAGCUCAUACUGCUUCCCUGUCCAGCAACAGUACGUUAAUGGUUGGAACUGCUCGCCCCAACCUACAUUACUGCCCUCGCAGACACAGCCUGAUGAUCGCCGGUGCCAUGGGAGCGGUGCGGGUCAACAGAUACAGCAUCGUUUCCACUGAUGAAGACGCCCUGAAGAUCUCCAGCCUGGGCCUCCACAAUGGCCACAGUCCUCUGACUCAGCAGUCACUGUCAGGGAGCUGCAUGCGAGGUGAGGAAGGAGGUGGAGGAGAGGGUGCAGGAAGUGACGAAGGACAAGGCACUCUUUCUUUGAGGGUGAAAAACGAGCCAGUUGUCCACACCAGUUGCCGUGCUUCACCUUCAUGCCGCCUGGACCUGGAUUUGGGCAACAGUCGCUUGCGCAGUCGCUUUGUGAAGAAGAAUGGCCAAUGCAACGUAGUUUUCAAUAACAUGGAGGAUAAACCACGACGAUAUUUGGCUGAUAUUUUCACCACCUGUGUGGACAUACGCUGGCGAUAUCUGCUGCUAAUCUUCACCACCACCUUCUUACUGUCUUGGCUGCUGUUUGGACUGGUCUUCUGGGGAGUGGCACUUGCUCAUGGAGACUUUGACCUACAUGUCCCUGUGAAGGAUGGGGAACCUCAGAUUACCACAGAAGAAGGAAAAGACGAGUGGCGGCCAUGUAUUCUCCACAUUCAGGGUUUCAUUGGGGCUUUCCUGUUCUCCAUAGAGACCCAGACCACCAUCGGAUACGGUUUCCGCUGUGUCACAGAGGAGUGUCCUAUUGCUGUUGUGACUGUGGUGGUGCAGUCUAUCAUGGGCUGCAUUAUUGACUCUUUCAUGAUCGGUACCAUCAUGGCAAAGAUGGUGCGCCCCAAAAAGAGGGCACAGACCUUGCUGUUCUCGCACCAUGCUGUCAUCGCUCUGCGAGACGGUAAGCUGUGCCUCAUGUGGCGCCUGGGGAACAUGCGUAAAAGCCACAUUGUUGAGGCCCAUGUGCGUGCCCAGCUGAUCAGGCCUCAUGUGACAGCAGAGGGAGAGUAUCUCCCUUUGGAGCAAACAGAUAUUGAUGUCGGUUAUGAUGAUGGGCUGGAUCGGUUGUUUCUGGUGUCGCCACUGGUGGUCGUUCAUGAAAUCAACAAGAACAGUCCUCUGUAUAACCUGAGCCGCAGUGACUUGCAGAAAGAGGACUUUGAGAUUGUGGUCAUCCUAGAGGGAAUGGUGGAAGCCACAGCUAUGACCACACAGGCUCGCAGCUCCUACUUGGCCAGGGAGAUUCUUUGGGGUCACCGCUUUGAGCCUGUAGUUUUUGAGAAGGGCGACCGCUACCAUGUAGACUAUUCCCGCUUCCAUAAGACCUAUGACGUGCCAUCAACACCUUACUGCAGUGCCAGGGAGCUGAACCAGAUGAAAAGUCGUAGCGGGCAUUCUUCCUCCUCAAGUUCAAGUUACUCUAGGUCUCCAUCGCUGUUCAUUCCAAGAGCAGCUCGACACCUUCAUGGCUCCCACUCUCCCAGCGCUUUCUGCUACGAGAAUGAGGUCGCCCUGUGCUGUGGAGAUGAUGCAGGCGAAGAGAAGGCAAAAGGGGAGGUGGAGAACCUGAACGUAAGAGGUGACAGGGAGGCAAAGAUGAGAGACGACAUUCAUUUAGAUUUCAAGGGAACAUUCGUGAAGGAGCAGACGGUUGAGAUGUUGUGCGUUCUGGACACAGAAAAUCAGAUCAGCCUUGACAGACUACAGCCCACCCUACCUUUAUACAUCAGCAGAGAGUCAGGAGUUUGAUCAGUGGUAAUGGCUGCCCUUCCAUUUGUUUCCUCUUUUUGUGAGCAUCUAACCAAAGUAUUGAACUGCAAAGAUAAAAGAUGGAGUGCAGAGAUUAAACUUUAUAUGUCUGACAAGAGAAGAAUACACACCCUUUAAAUUUGUUUGUUUAUCUUUCAGUUGUCAUAAAAUCCUUUUUACUUUCUUUGGUUUCAGUUAACAUACACUUUCAGCCGUAAAAUCAGCAUGUGUAAAACCUCACUGCUCUUCUUAUUUUAAACAUGGUGACCAAGUAUUUUAUUUUAAAAAAAAGUCUUGAAAACUUAAUUGCUUUCUUGUUAGUUUGGCCUGUGUGUGAUCUACAUUUAACUCAAGCUUUUCAUUGUUGAUGUCAUUCUUAUUUUUUAUUGUAAAUAUACGCUUUUGUUUUAAUUCUAAAAUGAUUUUACAUCAUAUACAGAUAAACCUUAAAUGAAGAUAUUUGGUUUUUGUAACGAAGCAAAGGAUUCAGAUGUUUUCUCGUGUGUAAACACUUCUGUCUUCCUGCCCAAAUUCUGUUCCUUUUUAAGCUAUUUUGGUUUGUCAAGAUGCAUCACGGCAUGUACGUAAAUGUUGACCAAGCACAAGACCAGUGCAGAUGAAGAACAAGCACUUUAAUCUAAUUUUUAUCAAUAGAUAUAAAAACUCUGCAAAUGUCUGUUGUUUUGUAUUAACAAAACACAUAUUAAACAACAGUUAUACUGUUGAUAACUUGAAUUUUCUGUGCUGUGUCUCUGUGCCCUUUUCCAAACUGGCUGUUAAUCGAUGCUUAUUUUCACCUUUCUAUAUUUAUGACAACAGUAGCUGUACUUUGUGUUCACUGCAGAUUAAACUAAGAGGUUUAAAUAAGAGGUCAAACAAAAUAAACAAAACACCUAAUAAACAUCAAUAUGGCAGCAUUGUUACUUUUAGAAAAAAAAUAGCAUGAUAUAUUAUUAAUCUGAAUGCAUGAGAUCUGUACUGUCUUUUUUGGAAGCUGUAAGUAUAUUUUUCCUCUCUUUUUUA